CCCAACAACCCCUCGCCCCCACAACCGCUAACAAUGGCCGAAAGAGGUACGCUCAACCGGCGAGGACUGGCCUGGGAAAAAGUGGAAUCAAGUGACGCGUGCAUAGAGAUAAAGCCGCAUCUUCCCACGGAUAUUUGCUCCGAAAUCUUGCAACAGCUGCACCCAUGUACUCGGACUUACUUCUAUUUCCUCUUCUCCAAUGUGUUCCGCUAUAUUAGCACGAGAGGACCAGGUCUACAUGGCCAAGCUUGCUGAGCAAGCUGAGCGAUAUGAUGAGAUGGUUUCGUUUAUGAAGGAAAUCGCCAAGCUUCGCGUUGAGUUGACGGUCGAAGAGCGAAACUUGCUUUCAGUUGCGUACAAGAACGUCAUCGGAGCUCGCCGUGCGUCAUGGAGAAUUGUUUCCUCCAUUGAGCAAAAGGAGGAGAGUAAAGGCAACGAGGGUCAGGUCAAGAAGAUCAAGGACUACCGCAUCAAGAUUGAGGGAGAGCUCAGCGACGUGUGCUCCGACAUCCUCGCUGUCCUUGACGAGCACUUGAUACCUGCGGCUGAGGCUGGUGAAUCCAAGGUCUUUUACUACAAAAUGAAGGGAGACUACCACCGUUACCUUGCUGAGUUUGCCCAAGGCGAGAAGAGGAAGGAGGCUGCGUCCCACGCCCACGAUGCCUACAAGGCCGCGACCGACAUUGCACAAACGGAAUUAGCGCCCACCCACCCCAUUCGCCUCGGACUCGCACUCAACUUCUCUGUCUUCUACUACGAGAUUUUGAACUCCCCUGACCGUGCUUGCCAUCUGGCCAAGCAAGCGUUCGACGAUGCCAUUGCCGAGUUGGACACCCUCAGCGAAGAGUCUUACAAGGACUCGACUCUGAUUAUGCAGCUGCUACGGGACAACUUGACCUUGUGGACGUCGGAUCUGCAAGAUGCCGAGGAAAACAAGGGAGAAGAGGUGAAGGCAGAAGAGCCAGAGGAAGCGAAAUAAGUGUCCAGUCGUCCACUAGUGAUUAGGCCCUCGUUCAACCUCUCCUCUCCGCCGCAAUCUCUGGCUAACGACAUGUAGCACUUGCAUGUCAGAGGAUUCCGUCGCUAAAAUUCGAUUUACUCUCUAUGGUCUAUCAGAUAUCUCUCCCCCUU